AUGUCAGAAUACUUUAGGAAAUACAUUAAAAAAGAGAAUUAUGGAAAUCAUUAUACUAAUAUCAAAUAUAAAACAUCUUUUAGAAAUUGUAUUUUAGAAGCAUUUAAAAGGAGAAAUUGGAGAGAAACUGAUGGUGACGACUGGGAUAUUAUGUGGGCUGAGAAGGAAUGGAUUCAUGAAGUGAUGGAUCAUAUACACUUAUAACCUCAUUAAAAAAUUAAUCAUUUUCGUAAUCAUUAUGAGUUAACUCGCAAAGAUCUUAUGAUAAAGAAUUUAAAGAAAUAAAAAAGGGCCUUAGAAAAAGAAGGUAAAAUUGAUGAAGCCAAUGCUUAUAAUUUUUUUCCACUUACCUACCAUUUACCUAGUGAAUAUCCCAUCUUUAAUGAGGAAUUCAAAAAGCAGGGUGACAACAAAACGGCAUGGAUUAUGAAACCAAUAGGCAAAUCUUAGGGAAGAGGCAUAUUCUUAUUUAAUAAAAUAUCAUAGAUUUCCUAGUGGAAGAAUCAAGUGAAGUUUAAUCCUGAAAAUCCUUCUGCAGAAUCCUAUAUAGUGUAAAGAUAUAUUGCUGAUCCCCUAUUGAUUGGAGGCAAGAAGUUUGAUACUAGAAUUUACUUGCUUUGUACAUCCUAUUCCCCUUUAACUUUAUACCUUUAUCGUACAGGGUUUGCUCGUUUCACUCAUCACAGAUAUGAUAAUGAAGACAUCACAAAUGCUUAUGUUCAUUUAACAAAUGUGGCCAUCCAAAAGAAUUCAGAAAAUUACGAUGAAAAACUAGGAGGCAAGUGGGAUUUAUAAAAAUUGAAAUUAUUUCUAAUGACAAAGUAUGGGCAGGAUAAAGUUUAAGAGUGUUUUUAUAAUGUUCAACAACUGAUGAUUAAAUCUUUAUAAGCAGUCCAAAAAAUCAUAAUAAAUGAUAAACAUUGUUUUGAACUCUAUGGGUUUGAUAUCUUAUUUGAUUCUCAAUUAAAGCCUUGGCUUUUGGAAGUGAAUGCAAGUCCUUCAAUGACAUCUAAUACGCCUAUUGACUUUGAAUUAAAAUGUGGAUUACUAGAUGAUGUUUUUACAAUUAUUGAUCUUGAAAGGAUACUGACAGGAAAUGAGGAACAAAUUGGAGGAUUCGAUCUGAUUUAUAAAGGAGGACCUAUCAAAAAUAGUUAUAUUGCCUCAUCAAUAUCAUUUCUUGGUACUCUGAAUAACAGAAAAUUACAAUUAAAGAAACUAGCCAAGGCAUGUGCAUUGAAAAUGGCACAUGGGAGUGAUUAGCAAUAGUUGAAAAGUUCUGAAGGAAUGAAAAAGGAUAAAGAAGAGAAAGAGAAAGAAAAGCAAAUGAGGAGUUCAUCAAAAAGUUCAUAGAUUGCAUAAAACUCAAACAAUUCAAACAAGGUUGUUAUACAGUAGAAAGUUGUAACAAACAUUAAAAGAAACUCGACAGAUCUGCCAAUAUUAAUGAAUAAAUAAAAUGCCAUAAGGAAAUUGGCAUUACAAAACAGUCAAUAAAAAUAGAAAAUACAAGCACCACAAUAGAAAGGAGAGUACCAGAUGAAUAAUUAGAAUAAAGUAAUAUCCUAAUUAAAUAAUUCUUCUUUCAGUCCGAAUAUUAAAAUGGAGAGUACUUCAAGUCAUCAGAACAAUUAGUUACCAAAAGAUAGUUUUAGAACAUUACCAAAAAUAGUAAAGGACGAAUCUUACAUUUCAGAUGUUUGAAUUAGAAAUUGUAAUCAUAAUAACUCAAUUUUAUAAUGUAUGCAAGAGA